AUGAGAAGGCCAAACAUUUCCUACUUUUAUGACGGAGAUGUGGGCAAUUAUUACUACGGACAAGGACAUCCAAUGAAGCCUCAUCGUAUCAAGAUGACCCACAACCUUUUAUUAAACUACGGACUCUAUAAGCACAUGGAAGUUUAUAGACCACAUCCUGCGUCCGAGAUAGAAAUGUGUAAAUUCCAUGCUGAUGAAUAUGUUGAUUUCUUGAAAAAAGUUACACCCGACAAUAUGCACGAUUUUCAAAAACAAUUACAAGCCUUCAACGUCGGUGAAGACUGCCCUGUAUUUGAUGGUAUCUUUGAAUUUUGUAAGAUCUCUGCCGGUGGAAGUAUUGGAGCAGCAGUCAAGCUGAAUCAUGAGCAAUGUGAUGUUGCUAUCAACUGGGCUGGUGGUCUGCAUCACGCUAAGAAAAACGAGGCUAGCGGCUUUUGUUAUAUUAACGAUAUCGUAUUGGCAAUUUUGGAAUUGUUAAAGUACCAUGCUCGUGUUCUUUACAUUGACAUUGACAUUCAUCAUGGUGAUGGUGUUGAAGAAGCUUUUUAUACAACAGAUCGUGUGAUGACAGUUUCUUUCCACAAAUUUGGAGAGCAAUAUUUCCCCGGAACUGGUGAUAUCAAAGAUAUUGGCGCAGGUGCUGGAAAGUACUAUUCUCUAAACUUCCCUUUGAAAGAUGGCAUUGACGAUGAAAGCUAUUUGUCCAUUUUUAAGCCAGUCAUUGAAAAGGUAAUGCAAGUGUUCCGACCUGGUGCUGUUGUUCUACAGUGUGGAGCUGAUUCAUUGACUGGAGACAGAUUGGGUUGUUUCAAUUUGACAACUAAAGGUCAUGCUGCCUGUGUUGAAUUUGUGAAAGGAUUUGGAUUGCCAUUGCUUGUCUUGGGUGGAGGCGGUUAUACUGUAAGAAAUGUUGCUAGAUGUUGGACUUAUGAAACUUCUGUUCUUCUAGGUAUUGAUAUAGAAAGUGAAAUGCCAUAUAACGACUACUUUGAAUAUUUUGGUCCAGACUAUAAUUUGCACCUUCAACCAUCAACUAUGGAAAACAUGAACUCAUUGGAAUAUUUAGAAAAGUAUAAGAAUAUGAUUUUGGAAAACUUGAAUCAUAUCAAGGGUGCUCCUUCUGUUCAAAUGCACGAAGUUCCUCCUGACACAUACUAUAUCAGCGAGGAUGAAGAAGAUGAAGAUCCAGACGACAGAAAGUCACAAAAGACCAUGGAUAAAUAUCGGUCUCGUUAUAACGACUACUAUGAUGACGAUUUGUAA